AAAUAAUAUUCAAAAAACUAAAGAAAUAGGCCGACCAAAAAUUCGAAAUCCCUAACAGCAAAAACUAUAAAACCUGCAAACCCCGAUUUCUUUCCCAUCACAAUUCUCCAACUAUGGAUUCAUACCUUUCACCACCACCGCAAUUACAAGAAGACUCAUAUCGGAAUUGGGCGGAGCUACCACGAGACGUGACGGCGUUGAUUCUUGAUAAAGUGGGUGCAUUCGAUAUCUUGGGUUCUGCUCAGUUUGUAUGCUCUUCGUGGAAUAGUGUAUGCAAGGAUCCAUCAAUGUGGAGAUCAGUUGAAAUCCAUCCUCUGUGUGAUUUCUGGGACUUGCCUUUUGAUCUUGAAGCAUUGUGUAGGAAUGCAGUUGAUAGGAGUCGUGGUGGCCUGAUUUCUAUCAGUAUUGAGUACUUUGCUACUGAUUCUCUCAUCAAAUACAUUGCUGAUAGGUCAAGUCAUCUCAAGCGACUUCGGCUAUUAUCUUCCUAUACCCUUUCUGAUGCGGCAUUUAGUAAAGCUGCCAAAAAAUUUCCAUUACUAGAGGAGCUUGAUAUUUCAUACUGCUCAUUGUCAACGGAAGCUCUUGUAGGUGUUGGAAUUUCCUGUCCUCUUCUGAGAUCAUUGAAGUUGAAUUGCCAGGGGUACAAACGCCCACAUAUAGAGAGUAAUGAGGAGGCACUGGCGAUUGGCCAAUGGAUGCCUCAUUUGCGAUACCUCCAGAUUUUUGGAAAUAAGCUGACAAAUGAUGGUGUGCAGGCCAUUCUUGAUGGUUGUCCACAUCUUGAAUUCCUCGACCUUCGCCAAUGUUUCAAUGUCCAUUUGGAAGGGGAGUUGGGGAUGCUAUGUGGUGAAAGGAUUAAAGAUUUGCGGCGGCCUGAUGAUCCUACCGAUGACUAUCCAUUUAACCCGGAAAUUCCUGACUAUGGGUCAUCUGAGGAAGACUACCCUUCCGGAUUUUCGGAUAUGGAGUUCGCCACUGAUGAUGAUGAUGACUACUAUGCAUUCUCAGACGGCAUCGAGGAUAUCUGACUUUGGUGGGUUGUACUUUGACUAGUGCCUUCCUGAUUGAAGUUGAGAAGCAUCCAUCCAGGUGAGGAAAUCAUGCUGUGCCAGUGAAGAUACUGCUAACCUAACCUUUUGGUGUUUGUAGUAAUAAUACUAAUACCUGCAAAGUCGACUGUUAUGCCUUUCCAUUUGAAAGUUCCACUUUUACAUUGCAUCCAUACUCUAGAUUUAUCCAAGCACUAAUAGGAUGAUGGCGGUGGUAAUAAUAAUGGCCGAUUAAAAUUUGAGUUUUUGUAGGGUGGAGAUGUGUUUACAUGUGAAGGGUGGCAGGCCCAUUGUUUGUCUUCUAUUUGCUACUGAUUUAUAGCAUGGUUUCUCCCCCUUGCUUAAGGUUAAUGUAUAUUUGGAUAAACUGUAUUUGGUUUGCCUUGUAACUAUCAUAAAAGAGACUUGCUUUUCCUCCAA